GAGGAGUUCGCUGGGCGGGGAGGUUGGAGAACUCGGGGCGUGUUUCCUGGCCUGUGGGAGCAAGUGGGAGGCGGCGCCCGGGCUGCUGAGGCGGAGGAGAGGGUGGCGUGUGAUGGGCUCGGCCCCACCCUCUGCCGCUCCCCAAAAGCAGCCGGCGCCUUGCGCAUCGCGAGUCUAGAAAUCCGGAGCCAGCGGGGUGCACCGCGGAUCCUCUCGUGGCGCUCGGCUCUCCGGAUCGCAGCGCCUGCGUUAACCCAGAACCCGGGAAGAACUUUUGUUUUUCUUGAGCUGAGAAUAUUUUUGGACGGAGGAUCGAGUUUCUCACGCGCUGGUCCCCACCUCUGUAUUGUGGUUUUGAUCUGUGCGCUGCCUUCCUCGCGGGGUGCAGCCAGAGCCCCGAUGCCCUGCGCGCGAUGGCCGGGCGGUAGCGGGCUGCGCCCCGAGCCCCGGGAGCGCGCGACAUGCGGGCGCUCAACAUCACCCCGGAGCAGUUCUCCAGGCUGCUGCGGGACCACAACCUGACGCGGGAGCAGUUCAUCGCGCUGUACGGGCUGCGGCCGCUAGUCUACACCCCGGAGCUGCCCGCGCGCGCCAAGCUGGCCUUCGUGCUCACUGGCGCGCUCAUUUUCGCCCUGGCGCUGUUUGGCAACGCGCUGGUGGUCUACGUGGUGACCCGCAGCAAGGCCAUGCGCACCGUCACCAACAUCUUCAUCUGCUCUUUGGCGCUCAGUGACCUGCUGAUCACCUUCUUCUGCAUCCCGGUCACCAUGCUGCAGUACGUCUCGGACAACUGGCUGGGGGGUGCCUUCAUUUGCAAGAUGGUGCCUUUUGUCCAGUCUGCUGCUAUUGUCACAGAAAUUCUCACUAUGACCUGCAUUGCUGUGGAAAGGCACCAGGGCCUUGUGCAUCCCUUUAAGAUGAAGUGGCAGUACACCAACCAAAGAGCUUUUACAAUGCUAGGUGUGGUCUGGCUGGUGGCAGUCAUCGUAGGCUCACCCAUGUGGCAUGUGCAACGACUUGAGAUCAAGUAUGACUUCCUAUAUGAAAAAGAACACAUCUGUUGCUUGGAAGAGUGGACCAGUCCUGUGCACCAGAAAAUCUACACCACCUUCAUUCUUGUCAUCAUCUUUCUCCUGCCUCUUAUGGUGAUGCUUGCCCUGUACAGUAAAAUUGGUUAUGAACUUUGGAUCAAGAAAAGAGUGGAAGAUGGUUCAGUGCUUCGAACUAUCCACAGAAAAGAAAUGUCCAAAAUAGCCAGGAAGAAGAAGCGAGCUUUCAUCAUGAUGGUGACAGUAGUGUCUCUCUUUGCUGUGUGCUGGGCCCCUUUCCACGUUGUUCACAUGAUGAUUGAAUAUAGUAAUUUUGAAAAGGAAUAUGAUGAAGUCACAAUCAAGAUGAUUUUUGCUAUAGUGCAAAUAAUUGGAUUUUCCAACUCCAUCUGUAAUCCCAUUGUCUAUGCAUUUAUGAAUGAAAACUUCAAGAAAAACUUUUUGUCUGCAGUUUGCUAUUGCAUAGUGAAAGACACCUUGUCACCAGCAAGGAGGCAUGGAAACUUGGGAAUUACAAUGAUGCAGAAGAAAGGAAAGUUAUCUCAGAGAGAGAACCCAGUCGAGGAGACGAAAGGAGAAGCAUUCAGUGAUGGCAACAUUGAAGUCAAAUUGUGUGAACAGCCAGAGGAGAAAAAAAAUCUCAAGCGACAUCUUACCCUCUUUAGUUCUGAACUUUCUGAAAAUUCAGCUGUAGGCAUCGGCCAUGAAUUGUAACAAUGUCGUCUUAAUUAGUAUGAUUUAUAUUAUAAUCUGAAUGAUUUUGAGCAAAGGGAAGACCUAGUUUUAAAAUGACUACAAGAAGGAAACAUGUUUUUCCAAUUUAAAAUGACAUUAUACAUGAUAAUAUAAUUUUGAGAAAUUCUUAAACUACCCUAAAAGUUAUAAAAAUGGAACUUUAAAGAUUUUGUUCUUAGCUAGCAGUUUUUCUCUGUGUGGCGAAUAUAAUGUGUUCUUCUAUGUGUUGCUAAAUUGGAUAAAAGACAUAUUUAAAGUAUAUCUUCUUUCUUGACUAUUAAGUAAACAGCUGAACACUGUGGUUUAAUUUACGGUGCACUGUUGACAUGAAGUGAUGCAAUCUUUUACAAAUGAAAUCUGUGCCAUAAUUGUGAAACAGAAGAACAUGGAGAAGCAGCCAAAUGAUGAUGAAUUAGACUUAGAAGUAGAUGCUACAUUAGAGCUUCCUCUAGCCCUACAAGUUCCCAUUUCUGUGAUGACUUCCAAGUUACUUAACCAUUUGUCUGUGAACUCUUCACUUAUUCCCUAGCAAAGUGGAGAUGCUAUGUUUUUUAUUUCACAAGCCACAGUGAGAGCACAGUGAGACAUGAGCAGAAAUGCACUCCACGCUCUAAAGCAUCCUCCAGUUCUGCAGUGCUUUGCUGGCUCCUCCUGCUGCAGACCGUCCUCUUUCCACUCCUGUUCCAUUCUGAGACUGGCUUCCCAACCCUAGCCCUGCCCACCUUUCCUCUCAUACCCAUUUUCUCUAGUUAAAAGGAGUGGAUUUCUCUAGUCAAAAGGAGAAUUUAGGGAGCUUCAUCUCUUGAUGGAUUGUAAUACAAUUAAAUCAAUCUAACAAUCUAUAUUUUUAAAUUCCUUAUUUUCACUAGUAGGAUUCAGUAUUUUAUUUAUGUAAAUACAAUUUUUAUGUAGUAAGUAGAUAGAGUAAUCAAUACCAAUCCAUAACGCUUUCCUGGGCUCAAGGCUGAUCCCCGAGAACUGGGUCAGGAGAAAAAGUAGAAAUCUCUAGCCAUAUUCCGUCAACUCUUAUUUUACUCUCUCUUCAGUCUGUUGACUCCCAAAUGUCAUGGAUGCAGGGGCCACCAUCACAGCCCUGCAUCCCUUCCACUUCAACAUCUGAAAUUUCCAAAGUCCAGUCACAGCCUUAGAGCCAAAAUAUAUUUUCUGCCUCCAGUUUUGUGGCAGUUAUUGUCCCAGUUACAUAACAGAAAGCAAAAUAAGCCCAUGGGCUCUAGGAUAUUUUAUGAUUUAAGCUUUAAGAUUGGAAACAAAAGAUCUCAGGUGGUGGGAACUCUCAAGUUACAGACCUUUAAUUUUAUGCCAUUGAAACAUGCAAAAAAAGACAAAACUGAAAAGUGUGUGAUGUUUUCUUUUAAAAAGUGUCACUAAGACACAGAAAAAUAAACACAGUGAAGAGAAUGGGACUGCUUAUUUAUUUGGUUUUUAUGGAUGAGGAACACUUGGGUAACUUAUGUAAACUGCCUAUCUGUGAUUUCUGAUGGCCCUAGAGCAAAACAUUGAUGACUAUUAAACAUUAAACCAUCAAAAAUGAGUCAGACUCACUGAUUUUGAGUCUCCUUUUGUAAUUAGUAAAUAUUCAUGUCUUUCUAGAUUUGAUUUUUAUAUUCUUGAAAUAUGGGAGUAAAAAUCAGGCAGAUGAACAGUUAUUUAAUGUUUAAUUAUUAAAGUUAUAGACAUUUGAUUAUUGCAGUUGAUCUGAAAAUAC